ACCUCUAAACUAGUGGGCUGUUCACUGGCAGCAGUAUCUCUCUACGACUUUCUCUCUCUAAAACAGCACUGAAGAACUGGGCGCCAUCAUUCAUGAGAACAUUACAAAGCUUCAUGCACACAAUCCUCGAAAUCAAACCCUCUUCUCACAGUUCGCCAUCAUCAACACCAUUCCCAUUCGGCCCCUUCAACUCCACAACACAACGAAGAUGGAAGAAAAAACCAUCUGACACAGCACAGACCCGCCUAGAGAGCCGAACCAGAGACCUCAAGCUCGACAAACUCACAACCCACCUCCACAAACUCACCCUCGUCCUCACCCUUCACCGCCUCAUCUCCGCGCGAAAGCGCGGCCCUUUCGUCUCCGUUCAAUUCAUGUCUCGCUGGAAAAACAUCGUCGGACUCAACAUCCCCGUUGGAACUUUCCUCCGAAAAUACCCCCACGUUUUCGAGGUAUUCACUCAUCCCAUUAAGCGAAACGUUUGUUGUAAAAUUAGGAAGAAAAUGAGUGAUUUGAUUCAAGAAGAAGAGGGUUUUAUUAGGGUUUCGGAAUCGGAGAAUGUUGGCCGAAUUAAAAGGCUUUUGAUGAUGUCCGUAAAUGGUACACUUCACAUUCAUGCUUUGAGAUUGAUUAGGAGAGAAUUGGGAUUGCCCCAAGAUUUUCGAGAAUCGAUAAUUGGAAAGUAUACAAAUGAGUUUAGGUUGGUUGAUUUGGAGAUUGUGGGUUUGGUUGAUAGAGAUAGAGAAUUGGGUUUUGUUGGGGAGGUUGAAAAGUGGAGAGAAAAAGAGUUUAGAGAGAAGUGGUUGAGUGAAUUUGAAACAAAGUAUGCGUUUCCUAUUAAUUUCCCGAUUGGGUUUAAGAUCGAGGCAGGAUUUAGAGAGAAAUUGAGGAAUUGGCAAAGACUUCCUUAUGUGAAGCCUUAUGAGAGAAAAGAGGGGUUUAAGGUUCGUACUUGCGGAGGGAUUGAGCGGUUUGAGAAGCGAGCUGUUGGGAUUCUUCAUGAGCUUUUGUGGUUGACUGUGGAGAAAAAGGUUAAAGUUGAACGGUUGGUGCACUUUCGAAAGGAUUUGGGUAUAGAAGUUAACUUGCGAGAGCUUAUUUUGAAGCACCCGGGCAUUUUCUAUAUAUCUACCAAAGGGAAUGCCCAAACAGUUUUUUUAAGAGAGGCAUAUGGUAAAGGGUGUUUGAUGGAGCCAAACCAAAUUUCUGUUGUUCGGAGGAAAAUGUUGGACCUUAUUUUGCUGGGACGUCGGAAUACUAUUGCAUUGAGAACUCAAAAUGAAACCAGGGAUGAGAAUAAUACUGUAGUAUGCAAUGAGAUUGAAGGGGGGACAACAAAUGGUGACUGGGUUAUUCCAUUCCUAGACGGUUUUAAUGAUAAAAAAACCGAUGAUGAGCUCAGUGAGAUUGGUGGUUUAUCUAAGGAAGAGCUCAAUGGGCUCUCUUGAAAUCAGUCCAAAGUUUCAGGUGAUGGAGAGGCUGCAUCACCCAUUUCAGAAUGUAGCUCUUUUGUCUAAUUAGACUCUCUAUGGUCUGAUUGUUGCUUGUUGUGUGCUUCAACACCAAGAAGAUUGCUUCCUGCAGUUAACUUCUCAAGAAAAAUCUCACUUGGAGCAGGCUUUAAUUCGAAUCCCUUACCCUUUUUUGGGUUUAUUAUCUUUGUAAUUUGCAGGUUUGUUACUCAAAACAUCUGCAAUGGGAACUCCUUAUGUAUUUCUUCAUGAAAUCUCUGAUUGCACCAUCAAAUGGACUAUUAAAGUUGGAAUUGUCUCGAGACUUAGAGAACCCAAUCUUGACAAGUUGGGGUGGAUUCGUCUAAAAUGAGUGUGGACUGCUAUAGAAUUGAAGCCAGUUAUUGUUGCUACAAAUUUGCAAGUAACAGGCGUAUAUGGUAAAAUUAUUAUUAUAAUUCAUUCGUGGCAGGCAGAGCAUUUAUCAGAGUGAUAUUUUGUGAUCUAUUUAUUACCUUUUAAAGGGGGAAAAAAAGAAAAAUCUUUCCUCAAGUCCGUCAACUGAGAUAUCAAAAUCAAUUGAACAAAUUCACCCAAACUAUCAAUUGAACAAGACAUACUAGAGGCCAAAGAAUUGCAAUCUUAGUAUGUAUAUUUGCAUUUGUAGAAGUAUUCCAUAUGUUCAGUUAUACUAACAAAUGUAAUUUGAUUUUUUUUGUCCCUAGGAAAUUGAAUAGGUGAUCCAAUUUUGAAUGAUAUAUUGACAAAGCCUAGAGCUUUGCCUAGAAUGGAACUCAGCACCAUUGAGGAGAUUAAUGAAACCUCUUACAUGCAAUGUUAUCUGGGAAUGAAGCAGAAAAAGUUUCUCGGCGACGCAAGAGAGCUCAUGAAUUUUACCAUAGAGGUAUAUUUGAUACUCCAAUCAUGGGGUUUGUUGCUACAAAUAAACUGCAUCAUGCAUGUAUUUUCCUUCUUCCUCGUACAACAAUUUGUCCAGAAUUUUCACCAGCAAUUUAAUCCUUAACAUCUUGGUAGAGGUCUUUCAAGAACUCAAGGCCCUCAAUCUCAUGUGCCAAUGUUACCAACAGGUUAGCCUGGCUACUUAAUGGAGUUGCACCUUGAGGCCCGAUGGUCCGUUGUAGUACUCUACUUUUUGUUGGAUUACACUUCUCGCUGAAAAUAGCAAUUGAUUUCUGCUCUUGGGAUAGAACAGCCCUAUAUCCACACUGCCAGCAUCACACUACACCUCUAAAAUCUUUUUGAAACUCGUCAGAAUCAACACUGGCAUUGUGCACAACUUUUCCUUAAUCAAACUGAAGCUCUUCUCUGCAUCUUCACCCCACACAAACUUAUCUUUUUAUUGCCGCGAUAAUAUUGCCGAAAUUCCGAAUGAAAUAUCUUUAAAAUAUAGUCAAACUAUGGUAGUUCUGAACAUCACUAAAUGUCUUAGGUGUUGGCUAUUCUUGGAUAUCUUGAACCUUCUUUUUAUCUACGUCAAUUCCCUUUGAACGGAUCACAUAUCCCAAGAAACACAAACUGUUUGUCAAGAAACUGCACUUCCGGGGGUUGACAUACAGUUCGUUUCUUGUAGGAUUGUCAAAAUCGCUCGUUAAGUGUUCUACAUGAUCCCUACCAAUUUACUGUAGAUUAAAAUGUCGUAAGAAUAAAACUACUACAAAUUUUCUAGCGAAGGGCCUUAAUUCCCAAUGUAUGACUUGUAUGAAAGUGUCUCGAGCAUUGGAAAGGCUGAAUGGCAUGACCAGCCACUUGAAUAGGUCAUCCUUAGUGUUGAAUGCUAUUUUUUUUAAUUCAUCUUCAGGUUGGAUAUGAAUCUGAUGGUAUCCACGAUGUAGAUCAAUCUUUGAGAACCACUUCGAUUCUUCCAGUAUGUCCAACAUGGCAUCGAGGCAAGGAAUAGGGAGUAUGUACUUGACAAUGAUCUUGUCGAUGGUUAGACUGCCUUUGUCUUUCUUUGGAGUCAAUAAGGCAGGAACUAUGUUACCUGGAAUGGGAACAGGAAAAGGAAUGGGAACGUGAUAUGCCACAUGCUCUAAAGUGUGGUACAAUAGGGGUAAACUUGUAUAUAUUACAUUUAAGAAUUUGAGGUAUUUUUAGAGUAACUUUCUUGCGACUAUUUGACAUCUAAUAAAACGUAUUAUUACUUUUUUUUAUUUUUUAUUUUUGAUGCUUUUGUCUUGUCAAAACAUAACUCACCUUGGAUUUUAAUUCAUUAUAUUUGAUUUUUUUUCCUCCUAAGAUAAUAUUUAAGGAAAUAUAUUGAAAAAACUUUUGAGAUUGCUUCGGAUCACUAAAUUUACUGUUUUAGAACAGAAGUAUACCAUGUUUUGAAACAUGCAUACAAUACGUAAGUCGCUUGGUGAUUAGCAUUUUCGAGUAACACAGGGCAGGAACAACACAUGGACUCGAGCUUUCGUGAAUUAGUCCUUUUUGAAACGACUCUUCAACUUUCCCCCUCAGAAUCUCUCUUUCGGACUCAUCCGUAGUGUGACAUGUUUGGCAAGCUUGCUCCAUUCUCAAAAUCAAUAUGAUGCUGAUGUCACUUAUUGGUGACAUUUGAUUCAGCAGAAACUCCUUGAAUUCCUCAAGAAGUGGUUUUAUUCUCUCAUGGACUGGCACAACUACUUUCUCCUUGUCCUCAACUACAGUAAUGGGGUUUUCACCACAAUAAUAUGACUGCUGCUCACCCACUAGAAUAAUAAGAUUUCAAUACUUCAAUUCUUACCCCUCUUUAUAAUGAAUUUUUCUUAUAUUACAUAUCCUUGUCAAAGCUCUGCCCAUACCUUGUGUUCUUUCCAAGUCAAUUAUCUACUGCGCUUGUUAGCUCACCCCUUCUUUUUCAGGACAUGAACAAGAUGACUGCGUUGAUUAUGUUAAAAAUUUCAAGAAGUCGCUUCUGCAUAAUAUUUUUUUUAUAUAUAUCUUUUGUUAUAAUAUGCUUUGGAGAACUCUUGUCGUGUUAAGUAUUUUAGUUUUAUUGUGUUGUAAUGGGUUGAGGAGGACAUGGAAUUGAGACUCGCCUCAGUGAGGUUUCCGUCGUAAUUUUCUACCUUGGACUUGUAGCCGAUAUAGGCAGUCCUGGACUUUCAUUUCUCGACGUUAUGUACUUGCAAAUUUUAUUUAUUUGUGAGGCUUGUGUUUUAAGUCACAAGACAAUUGUAUUUUUUUAU